UCUAACCACCUCACAAAACCUUAAAAAACACAACAAACUUUGUUCUUGUUUCUUUCUUCUUGCUCCUUUUGCACUAAUCCAAGAAUGUCGGGGGUUUGGCUUUUCAACAACACUAACGGUGUGAUGAGGCUAGUGGACGGCUCAGAGGCCAUGGAAGGCGGUCGCCAUGGGUCAGGUGGACGGCGCAAGGUUCUUGUUUACACUGCAAGCAACGAGAUCAUCACAUCCUAUGCAGUUUUAGAGCGAAAGCUUUAUUCGCUAGGAUGGGAACGUUACUACGAUGACCCUGACCUCCUUCAGUUCCACAAACACUCCACCAUUGAUCUUAUCUCCCUUCCUAUGGAUUUCAAUAGGUUCAAGUCCAUGCACAUGUAUGACAUAGUUGUGAAGAACAAGCACUCCUUUGAAGUUAGGGACAUGAUGAUGUAGGCCAAAAAAAUUAACUACAAUUAAUCCCUAUGCAUGACCUUGUAAUUAAUUUGGAUUCUUGGUUUUGCUUCUAAGUCGUAUGUGUGAUGGUUUGAUUUUUUAUUAGUGU